AUGGGCCGAAUAAUCCCGAGGAACAAUCUCAGCGGCCCCAGUGCAACCCCGCCGGAGGCCCAACCGACAAGAGCUGCUGCUCCCGAGGCCCCCACCUCUCCCUCUGAACACAUCUCGUUCCACCGAGACUACGGCCAUGACACGGAAGACUGCCAUGACCUCCAGAAUCAAAUUGAGGACCUGAUCCGAAGAGGUCACCUUGGGUGCUAUCUCAAGGAACCCUGGGAAAUGACUCCAUGCCCUAGGGGACCCAUCGAAAGACAUAUUGACGUCAUCUCCGGAGGACCGGUAGCCAGUGGCAGCAACUCAACGGCGAGGAAGGCCUACGCCCGGAGCGCGGUCGAGAAAUGUCCCCGACCCGAGCUCGAGCCUGAAAUUACUUUCGGAGCCGGAGAGGUCAAGCGCUCCCAUCACGAUGAUGCUUUGGUGAUCUCCGUUCGGAUCGCCAACGCUCGGGUCAAAAGAGUAAUGGUCAACACUAGGAGUUCUGCCGACAUGUUGUAUCUCGAUGCCUUUAAGAAGCUCAACUUGACUAAGGAGGACCUCACCCCCAUGGCGUUAGCACUCACUGGGUUCACGGGGGAUUUCAUCUCCCCGCUCGAGACCACCAUCCUUCCUGUCACCAUCGGGGAAGUGUUGAAUCUCGGAUUUUGA